CUUUUAAACCCGGAAGUGAAAGUGUUAUUUGUUUUGUUAGUGCGUGUUGAAGCAGAAGGCUGAGGUUUGAAAGCGAGUGUCCCGGCUUAUGGAUGAGAUGAUGGAGUUCUGUAAACCAAGUGAAGCUACAGAGAAAAAGAACCAGACCAGAGCUCCUAAAGCUGCUAGAACCCAGAGAACCCCUUAUCAGAACAGUCCGUCUGGGUCAGAACCGGGACAUGAGAACCAGCCUGAACCUGACGUGAAGCCCAGGAGACGAGACCAGAACACGACGGAGUUGGAAAAUCACCACGCUGAUGCGACUAAACGCCAUAAACACCGCAGGAACAAGCAGGCUCCUGGAGGAGCGGAGACGGGAACUGAUUAUCGAACACACGCCACUCCAAACGAGCAACAGAAAAAACGCAACACGGGCACAGCCAUGCCGCUGCUCAUCGACGACUCCACAGCUCCUGAUGAUGGAGGAGAGAAGCAGAAGAAGAAGAAGAAGAGGAGGAAGAAGAAAUCGUCCAGAGGGAACACAGAAGAUAAACCGGUGAAGCCGUGUGAGUCUGGAGCUGUGGAGAAACCCAGCACUCUUCAGAAAAACACGCAAACACAAGUUAUGAUCCCGAGCCCAGCAGGACAGACAGACAGGAUGGAUAAAGAGACCAGUCGGAGGAACAGAGGGAGGAGGAGACGUCUGUACGAGGACUACAUGUCCGUUAAAGACGUGUCUGAUGGACUGAAGAGAGGACAGCUCAUACAGGGUGUGUUGAGGAUAAACCCAAAGAAAUAUCAUGAAGCGUUCAUCCCUUCUCCUGACGGGUCAGCGGACAUUUUCCUGGACGGAGUGGUGGCACGGAACCGAGCUCUGAACGGAGACAUGGUGGUGGUGAAGCUCCUCCCUCCAGAUCAGUGGAAGGUGCUGAACGGGGACGAGAGCAAACAGGUGAGUGUGGAGAAGGAGCGACAGAGCGAGGCCGUCCCUGACGUUAUAGUGGAGGCUCAGUAUGGUGAGGACGAGAAUGAGGAGCUCAGGAAGAAAAUGGAGGCAGCUGCUCUGCAAGAUAAAGUCCCACCCACAGCAGAUACACACAGAGCUUCAGACAGGAACCUUCAGCGCACCGCCAAGGUGGUGUAUAUCAUGGAGCAGAAACACUCGAGGGCAGUGUCCGGGUUUAUUAAGCUCAUCCCUGACAAGCCCUUCGCCUUGUUCUCACCAUCGGACCACCGAGUUCCUCGAAUCAACAUCCCACUCUCGGGCUGCCCUGCAGACUUCACCUCGCGCCCUGUGGACUAUUCCAACACGCUCUUCAUCUGCAGGAUCACACACUGGCCUCCAGACAGCCCCUUUGCCCAAGGGCAGUUGAUGAAGUCCUUAGGUCAGGCGGGAGUCAUCGAGCCGGAGACAGAGGCCAUGUUGAUGGAGUACGAUGUGGAUUUUUCCGAGUUUACGGACGAAGUGUUAGCAUGUCUACCACAGGGUCGACCCUGGACCAUCUCACCUGAUGAGCUGAGAAGGAGGCGAGACCUCAGGAAGGAGUGUAUAUUUACGAUUGAUCCAGCCACAGCCCGAGACCUGGAUGAUGCUCUGUCCUGUAAACAACUUCCUGAUGGUAACUUUGAGGUGGGCGUGCACAUCGCGGACGUGAGUUACUUCGUGGAGGAGGGAAGUGUUCUGGAUUACACAGCGAGCAGGAGAGCCACCAGUGUGUACCUCGUCCAGAAGGUAAUUCCGAUGUUGCCGCGUCUCCUGUGUGAAGAGUUGUGCAGUUUAAAUCCUCAAACUGAUCGUUUAACAUUCUCCGUCAUCUGGAUCUUAUCACCCGAGGGGAAGAUUCUGAGUGAGUGGAUGGGCCGCUCUGUGAUCCGCUCGUGUGUGAAGCUGAGUUAUGAUCACGCUCAGAGCAUGAUUGACUCCCCCCAGAAAGAGUUUGGUGCUGAUGAACUCCCCCCAGUGUCUCCUGAACACUCGGUGCAGAGCAUUCUUCAGGCUGUCCUGCACCUGCACACCAUCGCCACUCACCUGCGUGCCCAACGCUUCAGGGGCGGAGCCUUACGGCUUGACCAGAUGAAGUUGGCGUUUACUCUGGACUCUGGGUCGGGAAUGCCUCAGGGCUGCUACAUCUAUCAGUACAGAGACAGCAACAAGUUGGUGGAGGAAUUCAUGUUGUUGGCUAACAUGGCUGUCGCUCAUCAGAUUUACCGCUCAAACCCCGAGCUCGCACUUCUGCGGCGCCACGCAGCCCCUCAGAGCCGUCUGAUGGAGGCGCUUCAGGAGCUGUGUGAUCACAUCGGCCUCAACAUUGACAUGAGUUCUGCUGGAGCGCUGCAUAGGAGUCUGGAGGAAGCAGUUGGAAGUGAUGAGUACAGCGCAGCUAGGAAGGCAGUGCUCACACACCUGUGCGCCAGACCCAUGCAGAUGGCAGUGUAUUUCUGUACUGGAGUUCUGCAGGAUGAGAAGUUGUUCCAGCACUAUGCUCUGAAUGUACCGCUCUACACACAUUUCACCUCUCCCAUCCGCCGCUAUGCAGACGUCAUCGUCCAUCGCUUGCUGGCCUCCUCACUCAAGUGUGGACCUUGUGUGCAUCUUUCCCAAGAUGAAGUGCAGAAUCAGGCUUCUCACUGUAACGAUAAGAAGAUGGCGUCCAAGAGGGUUCAGGAGAUGAGCACAGAGUUGUUCUUCAGUGUCUUUGUCAGGGAGUGUGGGCCUCUGGACUCGAAGGCGAUGGUGAUGGGGAUGCUGGAUAAAUCCUUUGAUGUGUUGGUGCUGCACUACGGAGUUCAGAAGAGGAUCUACUGUAAUGGCAUUGAGGGUCUGCAGUCAUUUAAUUUCCGUAAAGUCGGUAAACGGCCCGAGAUGACCCUGGUUUGGGCUCCAAGUGAACUGGAAGAUGAAACAGUUUCACAGGAGAUCUCCCUGUUCUCCGUGGUGGAUGUGCAGCUGAUUGCUGGUGAAGGUCCUCUCAGAUACACUGCAGUACUGAUGAGUCCCACACACACCCAGUCUUGAACACACAUUUUAUUUGGUUGUAUUUUAUUUCAUAUUCCUGUGGUUCUGUUGAUCAGACAUUCUGAGGUCAGUGUAACAAUGCUGUGUCAGAUUUUAACUGGAAAUACUUCACACACACCUCAUUACUGAUUAUUAUAGUACAUAUAUUGUGUGUGUUUAACAUGUAAACAUGAGGUUAAUAAUAUCUCUAAUUAGCAGUGUGAUUUAAUACAUCAUUAAUGAUUUAAUUUUUACUUUAAACACAUUUUUAAAAUAAUUAUAUGGGUUAAAUUUGGGAAACUCUGAAGUGUGCCAUGUGACGCAGUGCUGCUAAUGAUUUUUACUGCAUGUUUGAGCCUAAACCAGUGCUAACCACGUCAUUUUUUUAAACAUACAGUAGAUAUAAAAAGUUUACACACCCCAUUAAAAUAAUUAGUUUGUCUGAUGUAAA